UUUCCCUCUUGCUCAGUGCCUGCUGCCUAUUAAUAGCAAAUCUUGUAGUAAGCGAGGAAAUACUUAAGGAACAAUUCUCUUUAAUGCUGGUGCAAGGAAAGUAUUUCCAGCACUGUUACACAAUGUAAGCAUUAAGAGGAUUUGCUAUAAUUCCAUUUCCAAGAGCUCACAAUAAAUAAAUAAAUGCUUUUCUGCAUUAUCCUGGGUAUUGUCUAUAAAAACUCAAAUCAAAUUCUCUGUUCAGGUAGAGCUCAGGACCUCUGAGAAGCUCCUGUGCAGGAGCACACCCAGGGGAGGAUCACUUGCAGAAGGCCAGUGAUAUUCCCAAGGAUCAGGGAAUAUCCUGAGCUGGAAGGGAGCUGGGAGGAUGAUGAAGCUCAGCCUCUGCAGAAGGGGCUGCUGUGUUUCAGAAAGGGAGGGCUCAGCAGACCUUCCCUCCUGGGGCACUUUUCUGCCUGAUGUGGGCACAUUUUGUUGUGCUGCUCCUGAGGCUCGUGUUAAAAGCCAAAGCAAACCUCAGACCCUCUUUUGUGCUCGUGUAAAGGCUGCAGAACCACAGCAUUUAUUCCUUUGGCCAGGAAAUCUCCUCUCCAGCGAGGCUGCUCACUUGUUCUCUUUCUUUCAAGCAGUGUGAGCUUACUGAGGGCUGUUUCCCCUCCUUCCCAGGGAAGGAUAGCUUUCCACUAACACAGAGAGUUCUGUUUCCUCUAUUAAAAACAACUGCCCUCAAGUGGAGCAGGCUUUGUGUUUUGCCCUGGAAACAGAGCAGCUCAUUCAGAGAUAAGGCCUCCCUGCAUUUGGGUUCUUGCAGUCACCUGACAGAGCCAUGGGUAACUUUUAGGCUGCUUUAUUCUGCAUUCCUGGGAUGCCUUCCCCGUGGUACCACAAUUUCCAGCUGCAGGAUCCCUGCCUGUUCUGCUGGCCCUGGAUGCUGCCCCGGGGAAGAGGAGGAAAGGGGCAGCUUUGUCCCCAGAGCACCUGGCCCCAUCCCUAAGGAUGGCCCGGGGGGAUCCUGAGCAGCUUUGUCAACUCCAGAGAAGAAUCCAGAGGAGCUGACACCCAGAGUGAAUCCACGUGGGACCUAAGCACAGUUUUAGAACUUCCCAAAGUGUGAGCCCUGCCUGGCUCAGCCUCUGCUCCAUUCCUCAGCCAAGGCUUUGUUUUACAGGAGUUUAAAAGACCCUAGGGAUCAUUUUGGCAACAAAAGUGACAGUUUUUGUCUAAACAAAGCUUGUUAUCUUUUCAAUCUUGCUAAUAAUGUUUUUCUGGAGUCAAGACACAACAACCCAGAAAACAAAGGAAGAGGCUUCACCCUCCUCCUCUUCCUCCUCCUGGAGCUCUUCUCCUGACCAGGGAAAGGGGUUUGGAACCCUCAGCAGCUGGUCCAGGCACCAGCCUGCUCAGGCUGGGGCCAAGGAAGCCUUGAAAUACAGCCCAGAUUUAUCCUCCAUAUUAAAGUGAUCUCUCCUGGGCAGGAUUGUUCCUGUUGUGUCCCCAGCUGAGAGCUGCAUGCCCGUGGUGCCUGCAGAGGUGGCUGAGCAGGGCCAUGCAUCAGCUCUUCGGGCUGGUCCUGGCACAGAAGGACCUGUCCCGAGCAGGGGAUCUCUUCUCCCUGGAGGAUGCUGAGAUUGAAGGAAGCCUCUCUGAAGCUCUUGAACAGAUCAGAAUCAUUAGUUCAGCUGCAGACUACCAGAGCAAUGACAACGACCAGGCCGUGGUGGAGAUCUGCAUCACCCGCAUCACCACGGCCAUCAGGGAGACUGCAUCCAUUGAAAAGCACGGGAAAGCCCUGGUGGCUCUCUGGGAAUCGUGUCUGGAGCACAACCUGAAGCCCUCUGGAAAAGAUGAGGAUGCCCCACACGCCAAAAUUGCAUCUGACAUCAUGAGCUGUAUCCUGCAGAAUUACAACAGGCUUCCAGUGAUGGCCUUGGCUGUGCCAGUGGCAGUGAAGUUCCUGCAGAGGGGGAAUAAGGAGCUGUGCAGGAACAUGUCCAGUUACCUGUCCUUGGCUGCCAUCGCCGAGGCAGAGCUGCUGGCUGAGCACACAGAAACCAUCCUCAGGAGUGUCCUUCAAGGGAACUCGAUGCUGCUGCGGGUGCUGCCCGCGCUCUACGAGAAGCGGCCGCAGCCGAUCCGCGCCCGCCUGCGGGAGCUGGUGGCACCCCUGGCCCAGCUGGACCCAUCUGAGCAGCUCCACCUCCUCAGGCUCCUGCACACCGUGGCCAGGAAGAGAGAACUGGGGGUGCUGAAGGAGUGUUUGCCGUUUUUAUUUGGACACCUGAGGGACCCCAACCACAGCGAGGUGAUUCUAAACAUCCUUCUGGAAAUAUCCAGCUACGAACCUGCAGCCUUGGCCCCUUUCCUUCCCACGCUGAGGGAAAUUGGUGAGAGUUUUCCCAGUUUGAUUGGGCAGACAGCAAAGAUCUUUGGAGCUGUUGGACAUCUCGAUGAGGAGCGAGCCAGAACGUCCCUGCUGUAUCUGGUGAACCAGCUGGCCAGCAUGGAGCACUCCUUUCACCACAUCCUGCUGCUGGAGAUCAAGAGCCUCACCGACACCUUCUCCAGCAUCCUGGGCGCCCAGAGCAGGGACAUUUAUCGCAUGAGCAACAGCUUCUCUGCCAUCGCCAGGCUGCUCCUGCGGCAGCUCCACACCGACAGCACGGCAGCAGACAGGAUGGAAAAUGACCCUGAGGCAGAAUGUCCUGUCCCACUGGAUGAUUUAAAAUCUGUCGUGAAUGGCAAUGAAGAAGAUGAAAAGCUGCAAGUUAAAAUCCAAGCUUUUGAAGAGAAAAUAAAUGUGGAUAACAGCACCCCUGGCUCAGUGAGGAGAUACAGCCUGGGCCAGGUCUCUAAAGAAGAAAGGAAGGAUAUGAGGUUUAACAGGUCCAAGAGCCUGGCCCUGCAUGCUCUCAGGAUGAAGGGGCUGAGCUCGGAGGGAGGGCCGGACGAGGAGAACGGGGACAUCCCUGCUGGCAUCUCCUUCUCUGAGAUCUACCUCAGCCAGGAGCACGAGCAAGUGCCUUUUGGGGUCCACCCCGAGGCAGUGCACGUGGGGAACCCCCUGGUUUCACACCCAAGUGCUGAUUGCCCCCAGGCAGCCGAUCUGCCAGAGCUGACCCCGGAGAAGGCCCUGGAGGGAAGGGCAGCCACGGGCCCUGUGGAGUACCAGGACAAGCUGUACCUGCACCUGAAGGAAAACCUGGGCAAAGUAAAAGAAUAUGUGAUGGAGAUGGGGAGGAGGAUUCCCAUCCCUGAGCAGUGUGUGAUCGAAGACACUGGUGGGAGUUGUGUGGCAAAGCUGUUCUUCAGCUGUCCCCUGAAGGGCCACUACUGCCUGUACAGCAAAUCCAGCUUCACCCUGGUGAGCCAGCAGCCUCCACUCUGGAUCCACAUCAUGUUCCUGUUCCAGCAGAGCCUGUUUGCAGAACCUUUGUCCAUACAGAGCAGCUCUGUGCAAGUCCUGAAGGCCCUGUGGGAGAAGACACAGCUCAAGGGGAUGCACAGCUUUGAGACUGCCAUGAUCCACUCCACGUUCCCACACCAGAAGGACCUGGAGAACGUUCAGAUGCACCUGGAGGAAGUGAGGUUCUUUGAUUUAUUCGGCUACAGCGAGGAGGCAGGAGCCUGGCAGUGCUUCAUGUGCAACAACCCCGAGAAGGCAACAGGUGUGAACCAGGACGGGCAGCCCCUGAUGGAGGGCAAGCUGAAGGAGAAGCAGGUCCGCUGGAAGUUCAUCAAGAGGUGGAAAACGCGUUACUUCACCCUGGCUGGCAACCAGCUGCUGUUCCGCAGGGGCAAAUCCAAGGACGACCCUGACGAGAGCCCCAUCGAGCUGAGCAAGGUGCAGAGCGUCAAAGUGGUGGCCAAGAAGCGGCGGGACCGGAGCCUGCCCCGGGCCUUCGAGAUCUUCACGGACAGCAGGACCUACGUGUUGAAGGCCAAGGACGAGAAGAACGCCGAGGAGUGGCUGCAGUGCCUCAACGUGGCCGUGGCGCAGGCCCGCGAGCGCCAGAGCCGCGAGGCCACCACCUACCUGUAGCCCUGGGGCCACCAAACCGCGCCCGUGUGGCACCAGGACAUGGCCAGGAGGCCACCCCAGAGCCCGGGGACAGCCCCAGGGAGAGCCAGAGGGACAAGGACACCUCCAGGGACGGGAGCAUGGGGACACUGCCCGGCGCAGGAGCAGCUGCCACAUUCCCUGGGCAAAUCCAGGGGUUUUUCCUGAUGUCCUGCACGCAGGGAAUGUGCUUAGAGACCCAAGCCCUUGGAUACAAACCCAACCCCUUGACCUGAGCUGCACCAGGUCUCUGACACUGCCAGGAGAAUUCCAGGAAUGAGCACUUUUUGCUUUCCUUAAUCAAUUUGAUGUAAAAAGUUAUUUUUCUUUAUUUAAUCCCGGUGG